AUGUCGCAGUCGGCCAUCGUCACAACACAGCUUCCGCUCACCCUCAUCGCAAAGGGAAAGGUGCGCGAUGUCUACGACGCAGGCAUCACCGACGGUCCGCAUGCAGGCGCCAUCCUCUUUGUAGCCACCGACCGCAUCUCGGCCUUUGACAUCAUCCUCCAGAACGGCAUCCCCAACAAGGGCAAACUCUUGCACGCCCUCUCCACCUUCUGGUUCGGUCUCCUCACCCCCUCCCUCAUCGAGUCCCACAUCAUCGCCACCGACUAUCAAAACUUCCCUGCCGAGCUCAAGCAACGCCUAGAUGCCGUAAAGGAUCAGGUCGAGGGCCGCUCCAUGCUCGUCAAGCGCGCAAAGGUGCUGCCCAUCGAGGCGAUCGUCCGCGGAUACAUCACCGGCAGCGGAUGGGCAGAGUACAAGCGCUCCGGCACCGUUCACGGCAUCAAGCUCCAAGAAGGCCUCCAAGAGAGCCAACAGAUUCCCAACGGUCCGCUCUUCACUCCCUCGACAAAGGCCGAUCAGGGCGACCACGAUGAAAACAUUCACCCCGACAAAGUCUCCGAAAUCAUCGGCUCGGAUCUCGCCUCCAAGAUGGCAGCCUCCGCCGUCGCUCUCUACUCCAAAGCCGCAGCACACGCAAAGUCGCGCGGCAUCAUCCUCGCCGACACCAAGUUCGAAUUCGGCCUCAUCGCUUCCGACUCGGGCGACCAAAUGAUCCUCGUCGACGAAGUGCUCACCCCGGACAGCUCGCGCUUCUGGGCCGCCGACAAGUACGCCGUUGGCCGUGGCCAGGACAGCUUCGACAAGCAGUACGUACGCGACUGGCUCAAGGCAAACGGCCUCGACAAGGCUGCCGACCAGGGCGUCCCCGUCACCCUCCCCGACGACGUCGUCAAGCGAACCCAGGAAAAGUACACAGAGGCCUACGAACUCAUCACUGGCCACAAAUACGCCGCCUAG